AUGGCUGCCGGAUCAGUUCUUGUUACGGGGGGGACGGGCUACAUCGGCUCCUUCACGGCGCUCGCCCUGCUCGAGGCCGGGUACAAAGUUGUCGUGGUCGAUAGCCUGUACAAUUCCUCAGAGGAGGCACUCAAUCGCAUAGAAUUGAUUUGUGGAAAGCGUCCGGAGUUCGUCAAUCUCGAUGUUAGAGACGAGGCAGCCUUCGACAAGGUCUUUGACGCGCACCCUGAUAUUGACAGCGUGAUCCAUUUCGCAGCUCUAAAGGCUGUCGGUGAAUCCACUGAACGUCCGCUAGACUACUACGACGUCAACGUUCAUGGCUCGAUCUGUCUGCUGCGGUCGAUGGUGCGUCACAAUGUAACUAACAUCGUCUUCUCGAGCUCAGCGACCGUGUAUGGAGACGCUACUCGCUUCCCAAACAUGAUUCCCAUUCCGGAGGAAUGCCCCUUGGGCCCAACCAACCCAUACGGGAAUACAAAAGUGGCAAUCGAAUCAGCAAUAACUGACAUGGUCAAUUCGGAGAGAGCCCGGGCAAAGAGGGCCGGAAAGCCAGAAGAUGUUAAGAAGUGGAAUGGUGCCUUGUUGCGGUACUUUAACCCGGCUGGUGCCCACCCCAGUGGAAUCAUGGGAGAAGACCCCCAAGGUGUUCCGUAUAACUUGCUUCCUUUGCUCGCACAGGUUGCAAAUGGAAAGAGAGAGAAACUCUCCGUGUUCGGCAAUGAUUAUGCUUCCCACGAUGGCACUGCCAUCCGUGACUACAUUCACAUUCUCGACCUUGCGGAUGGCCAUCUAGAGGCGCUCAAUUACCUGCGUGCAAACCAUCCCGGUGUUCGUGCAUGGAAUCUCGGUACCGGUAAGGGAAGCACUGUCUUGGAGAUGGUCAAGGCUUUCAGCGCUGCUGUUGGACGAGAUCUUCCAUAUGAGAUUGCUCCUCGUCGUGACGGAGAUGUCCUCGACCUUACCAGUAACCCAUCAAGGGCCAAUAAGGAGCUUGGAUGGGUCGCUAAACGUGACCUUCACCAGGCUUGCGAAGACCUAUGGAGAUGGACUGAAAAUAACCCUCAGGGGUACCGACAGAGCCCUCCUGCAGCCCUGCUUGAAAAAUUGAAGGCGAAAUCGACGUAA